UGCUCCUCCAUUCUUAAAGGUACUCAAGGUUAAUUAUAAUCAUCAUUCAUCAAACUAAAGACCUACAUUACAUAUAUACUUAGUAACACAUAGUCAUCACAAUGACGGGCUCUGGCUCUCCUUGUGGAGCUUGCAAGUUCUUAAGAAGGAAAUGUAUAAAAGGAUGUGUGUUUGCCCCAUACUUUUGCCAUGAACAAGGAGCUUCACAUUUUGCAGCCAUUCACCAAGUGUUUGGUGCCAGCAAUGCUUCUAAAUUGCUCUCUCAUCUUCCCCUCGAAGAUCGACGCGAAGCCGCUACUACAAUCUAUUAUGAAGCUCAAGCUCGCCGUGAAGACCCCAUCUAUGGCUGCGUUUCUCAUAUCUUUUCCCUUCAACAACAAGUUGUGAACCUACAAACACAGCUAGAGAUUCUAAAGCAACAAGCAACACAAAGCAUGAUGGCUAGAGAUUCUCCAUCCAUAGAAAACUCUAAUUGCUAUCGAGAUAAUAAGCCUCAACAUCUUCAAAAACCUCAAGAUCUCCAUCUUCGUCGUCAUCAUCAUCAUACCACUUCGAAUUAUCAAAAUGGAAGUUUGGAAACGGAGCAAUACUCUGAUCUAAAGAAUAUCAUGACGUCAUGCUACCACCAGAACCAAACCGGGACGAGGUCAUUCAUCGGAGCUGGUGGAGAUAACACGGCAGCGAGUUACUACUACAACUCCUCAAGUGGCUGCAGUGAAGAAAUUAACUCUACCAUCCGUGAAUUUUCCAAAUAUUCUGAAUUGGAUCAACAUUUGAACACUUUUAAUCAACAUCGUCAUGGCGGUGGCGGCAAUGAUCUACUGUCCGCGAGUUUUGAGUACACCCCGUAGUCGUGAUGUCUUUUUUGGUGAAGAUAUGAAUGAACACGAUCAAGAACCGAUAUGUAUUAGUAAAUAUAGUAUAAUUUUACUUUAUAGGAGUAUUAUGUCUUUUUAUUCCUUUAGUUUCCAUUUGAGUUUGAGCUUAUAUAUCGGAGUCAAUUAAAUUAUUGGGAAACCACAAAUAACAAAUUCUUAAGCAGCUUAGCUUACUACUGGCUACUGCGUUGGAAAAAUUGUGUGUUUAGACACUCUAGGGCCUAAUGAUCUCCGCCUUUUAUAUUAUUGGAAUCUAAACUAAGAAUUGUUACUGUUUUAAUAUAUCUGGCUAUAUAUAGUUGUAGAAGGUUUUGGCUAUAAUUAAAUCACGUAAGG